CUGCAUUUCCCCAGUGGGGUCCGCCAUGCCGCGGCGGCACGGGUGACCCCGCGACGGGGCCGGGCUGACCCGGGCCGCCUGUGACGUGCCGGCGCGGGGCGGCGCCCGGCCCCCUGGCGGGGAAGCGAUGGCGGCCGCGGCCGGAGGGAGCCGGGCGGGCGAGCGGGAGCGGCGCGUGCGGGCGCUGAGCGCCGCCCUGCGGGCCCGGCUCGGGCCCUACGAGCCGCUGCUGGGCGCGCUGCAGGCCGCGCUGGUCUGGGAGCGGCCGGGCCGCGGCGCGCUGGGCUGGGCGGGCGCGCACGGCGCCUUCUGUUUUUUGGCACUGACUUCCCUUCGGCUGGUGUUCUUGGUUGCAUUUGGCCUGAUAAUAAUAGUUUGUUUAGAUCAAUGGAAGAAUAAAAUCUGGCCUGAAAUUAAAGUGGCAAGAUCUGACGAAUUGGACAAUGAGAGCUGGGGCUAUGUUCACCCUCAGUUGCUGAGUGUGCCGGAGCUGUGUCACCAUUUAGCUGAUGGAUGGGUUACUGGGGUCACCUUCUUAAGGAACCUCUUCGUUUUCAAAAAGCAAAAUCCCGGCAAGUUUUGCCUUUUAGUGUGUGGAGUCUUUACUUUCUUGGCUGUUCUGGGCCGGUACAUUCCUGGACUCUUGCUCUCAUACCUUAUGCUGCUCUUCAUCCUGCUAUGGCCUCUCGCGGUGUACCACAGACUGGGGCAACGCAUGUACAUGAAGCUGGAGCCAGCUCUGCAGCGGUUGGAUUUCAGCGUUCGAGGCUACAUGAUGUCAAAGCAACGAGUGAAGCAAUUGCGCCAGCGAGCGCUGAACCAGGAGCCUGCUGAUGCUGGGAGUGACAGUGAAGAAGAACUUGCUGCAUUCUGUCCCAAGCUGGAUGAUUCUGUAGUUGCUAAGGAACUGACUAUCUCCGACUCUGAGCAUUCAGAUGCUGAAGUUUCCUACACUGAGAAUGGGACAUUUAACCUGUCAAGGGGACAGACUCCACUGACUGAGGGAUCUGAAGAUCUUGAUGGUCACAGUGACCCUGAAGAAUCUUUUGCCAGGGAUCUCCCUGACUUCCCUUCCAUAAAUCCAGAGGUGACUGGAAUAGAUGAUGAAGAUGACACCAGCAUUGGGAUUCCCAGCCUUGCUUACCGCUCGCAAGGCAUGGAAGAUCUCCGUCACCCAUAUGACCAAGAAGAAGCUGUCCCUGCGCUCCUACUAGGGGCACUGCCCUCUGCAAACAAUCUUACAAAUAACUUAGCUGGAUUUGUCACCAGAGGCAUGAUACAAUUAGCCUUGUCAGGAACCUCUCAGCCAGGCCCCUUAUGCAGUGACAAUCCCCAGAGAGGCACGAAAACCUAUCUUAGAACCUCCAGCUCCGAUUUGGACACCGAUGCAGAAGGGGAUGACUUUGAACUGUUGGAUCAGUCAGAGCUGAUCCAGCUGGAUCCAGCUGGCUCCCGAGGCCAGUUGUUUGAAGAAAAUGGAAUCUCACUGUGCCAAACUGUACUGCUAUUGCAUGAGUAACUUACAGCACCAGAGGCUCAAACUUCAGGUGCAACUUGACAAGUUGACUUUUUUUAAACUUGGAAAAAGUAUUUAACUCUUAUGUGAUAUCUUGCCUUUUUCCAACUGUUUCCUCUUCUCUGCUGUGAGGAAGAACCAACCAUGUAUGAAAUCAUCCUUUUACACUCCAUAGUGGUGUUAAUACCAUGCUGUAAAACUGUUCAGAAGUUCUGGUGACCCUAAGUACUUUAAAACAAGAUUUGCAGCUCCCCAAGUCAAUGGAAGCGCUCUAAACUCAGCUGGCUUUAUUGGACAACUGGAUAGAUUAAUUGUAUCAGAUCAGGGUAAAACAAGUCAUAUAAAUCUGGUGUGGUGGUGUUCUCUGAAACAUCCCUGUUUAAAUGCAUCUCUUUGUAAGCAAUCAGCAUAAUCAAAACUAGAACUGAAAAAACAAUGCUAGGUGCUAAUUGUAGCCUAUUUUCAGAUGCAUCUACUAGUGAUUUAAGAGUCUGUGAACACCCAGUUUAUUCCCUGGAGUACUAACACUUCCUGUGUCACAGACUCGUUUCUUCAGCCAUCCCUUUGACCCCAACCCCCCCAAAAGGCUGUGUGUCAUGGGGGAGCAGAGCUAGGACGCUGGUAUUCUGAGCAUGGAUCUCCUACGGAUUGCCUUCUCUGCCACCGGGCAAGUAACUUUGCUUCUCCAUACUUCAUUGUUGCUAUUUAGAAGUUAUUUGCCUCUUAUGGGGGCUGUCAAGGAGGAGAAAAUAAACCAAUCCAUGAUGAGCAGUAUAGGUUUCCCCCAGACUAUUGCCACUGCUUUUGCUAGUGCAGGCUCCAAAACGAAGCUUCAUACACACAGUGUUGUGAAUUUUUGGCUCUAUAUUUUCAUACUCAUUACAGCCCUCCUUGUCCAUUGUGUAUUCACUACCAUGCCUUUUAAAGCUGAAGAAGAAUGCCGUACUCCACUUAAAUCUCUGAAAAUUCUUAUGAGUUAUGUCUUUACUAGUAUACGGUGGUGUUGUAGCAGUGUUGGUCCCAGGAUAUUUUGUCUUUACUAGUGGCAGUCGACCUGUCUUUUCUCUUGUAGGGCCAGAUAGAAAACCAACACCUUCUGCUGACUAAGGGGGGACGUUUUUUCUUUAAUAUUCUCUGCUGAAGAAAAUGACUCUUGCAGCAGAACACCCCAAACGGUCUAUAACUAUGGAUGGGUGAUGGGCACCUCUAGGUCAAAGUGCUUCCUUUGCUGGGGUGCAGGAAGGGAGAGCUAACACAUUGUAACAAAUGGGGAUGUCUGUUCUCAGCUGUGGCUCAAGUGAUACUAGGGCCACUUAAAUAUAAUUCUUUGGAACACGCCUGACCUGCCCCCUCCCCCCCCGGGAGCAGAGUUCACCUGGUUUUGUGAACAAUGAGACUUUGGCGGGGGAGGAAUCUUGUGAUUUUACAUUUUAAUGGCUCUCUGGCAGUUUCCAAAAUCUUUAGUAACUUGUGAAAACGUGUAAAUUUGCUCAGCUGAAACUUUCUGUAGACCAGCAUAUUCACUGUGAAAGCAUCUAAUUCCAGCUGAAGUUGCACCAUCUCUAGAAUUCAUUAGUUUAGGAUUUCAUGACUUUAAAUCAUAGCAUUUUAAGACACAUGAUACCACCCUGCCCUUUUUGGCCAAAUAAUAAUGUGAAGUCAGUCGUCACGAAGUCAGUGACGUUCCUAGUGAAACUAUACACCCGAAGGCUUGCAUAGGACAGCGUGCAGUGCUCUGUAACUUUUAAAUGGGUUGGUUUUGAUAUCAUUGGUGUGGCAAUAUCAUCCUUUGUGUUUACAGUAGCCACCCUUGUGAACAUUUGAGUCAUUUGUCAGUUUGCAAUUUUUUGAAGUGAGUUAAGUAAAAUGUUGAUAAUAA